AUGGGACAAUUGUGUAUGUACCACCAGCGGUACAUGCCGUCCCAUGAGACAGUCUUCUAUGUACCACCAGUGGUACAUGCCGGCGGGAACGUGUUAAAAAGCCAUGGUAUUGUAGUCAAAUACCUUCCACCAAACACAACCGCUAUUUUGCAACCGAUGGAUCAGGGAAUUUUACAGAAUGUUAAGAUGAAUUAUAAACGAAGUUUUUUAUCUCGAUUUCUUGAAGAACUAGAUAGUAAACAAAACUUUUCUUUGGCUCUGAAAGAGAUAAAUCUUAAUAAUGUAAUUUAUAUGGCUGCAAAUUCAUGGGACAAAAUAAAAUCAGAGACUAUAAUGAAAUCUCGGAAAAAACUUUUACCAAAAAUCACAAUUGAAUUAGCGGAAAUUGAAGAAAAUUCUACCGUUCGUCAUGAAUGUGAAGACAUGUUAAGAAAUGUCAGAGAAUGUCGCGAUAUAAAUGAAAACGAGAUCGAGCAUUGGUUUACAUGUGAUGAUAAUUCUACGAGGCAAUAUAUGGAUGAUAACGAGUUAAUGUCACUGUGUUUACAAGAAGACAAGGAAAACGAAGAAAUGGAAACACAAGAGGGAACAGAAGAAAACGAGACUAAUAACUGCGUAUCAAUUAGUCUUCGUCAGGCAAUUAAUUUGUGCAGCGAUUUAAUUGAUUAUCUUGACAGUCAAAAAGAAACAGCGUCAAGCCAAAUGUUUAGUCGUAAAUAA